GAUACCAAUUAUUUUGUAAAGAAGAAGCUUCUAACGAUGGUGAGAAUAGCUACGUACACAAAGUUGUCUCUAUUAACAUUAUGCACAUUUUUAUUCUUUUUUUAGACUCCUUAAAGUCAUUGACAUUUCACGCUAGAAAUGUUGAAUUGGGACAACGAUGGCGCUGCCUGGAUGAAAGCCAACGAGAAGGCUAUAUAAAUAGGGCAAAGACAGAUUUCUCUGUUUUAGACCAAGAAACGCGCAAGAAACGAGAGUUGAAAAAAUUUUGAAGAAGUUGGAUGCUUUGAAAGGAAUGAACAUUGAUUACUUUUUCGUGGCUGCCGUGGAAUCUGGUGUUGAAGUGCAUGGCUCAAAGUCUGCCUUACAAUACUGCAAAAGAAAGAGCAUCCCCGCUUCAUUUUAUGCUUUUGUAAACAGCUCUGGAGCAAUUGAGUCAAACGACAACGUUGAAACUGUUAGCGAUAAUCGCAUGGCAAGAUUGAAACAGAAGAGGAAAUCUUUGCGUGAUAUUUUAAAUCAGAAAUACUGUGAAGCAACUGGAAUGGACAAAGCAAAAGUGCCAUACACUUCUCUUUUGAAAGGGGAUUUCAAAUAUGUAGUAUGCGGAAUUCCAGAACACGCAUCAUUACGGGAUCCAUCGACUAUGGGAGAAGCAGCAAUGGAUUUAUUUAUUGAAAAAUCAAAUGAGCUUACGUUUGUGGAAAGGGAGAUAGUGGAAGGAAAUAAUGUUCUUCAUGCAGAAAAUGUUGAGGAAUGUGACAAAGAGCAAGAAAAUGGCGGCCACAUCCAAGAAGUUGUUGAAGUUAGUGGUGAGAAUGAUAAUAAUAGUCAUGGCGAACUUGUUAACGUUUCCGACGAAUAUGAUGUUGGCCAUGGACAAAGAACUGAUAAUGUUAAUAAUGGUUGUGAAAAUGGUGAUGUUCCCGGUGAUAGAGAAGAUGUUGUAAAUAAUGGUGGCGAUGAUGAUGGUAAUUCUGGGAAUGUAUUUUGUGGACGAGACGGAACAGUUAAUGAAGGUGACGGAAACCUUGCAAUAGAAAACGCCGUGCCUAAAAAAGUUGAUAAAGAGCACAGGAAGGGAAGAAGUAACAACAAAAGAAAAAGAAAAGAGGCAAAGUCCAGUGACAGAGAAAGUGUGUCUUGUGCAAAGAAAAGAGCUAGUCAUUUGACAUCCUAUGACAAAUGUAAAGCCUUUCUUUGUCAAGAACCAUCUUCCAAAGAUAAUGGAAUGGUGGAUUGGGUGUUGUGUGAUGUUUGUCAACAAUGGUACCAUUUGGAUUGCGUUGGCAUUACGACGAAGCCGAAAGGAAAAUUUGAUUGCGGAUGCAAUGUAUCUUACUUUACUCAUGGAUCUGCGAAAACAUUUGACAUAAAUAUAAAGGGAAAUCGCUCAUUCAGAGGAUUAAAGGCACAUUUAACAAAAAUCGUCAACGGUGCGAUACCCAGUAAACGCCACAGGUUAUUUAAGCAAAUGAUCCGUGGGCGAAAUCAAGCUCAGACUGAACUCACCGAUCUCUACAUGACGUGUCCUUUAACUCGAACUCAAGCAAACGAUCUGUUGAAUGUAGUCAAAGAAAUAGUCACAGAUAUUUUUCGAUCCUUUAAUGAAACAAAUUCAAUGAACAUCAACUACGUGUAUAACGUUUUAUUCCCUGAGGCCUGCAUAUAUUGUAUACGAAAAACUGAGCGUUGUCUCCGAAAUAACGCUGAAAAAAUUUAUAAUUGUGCGAGUGGAGUUCAAGACGGUGCAGACUCUGAAAGUGACUAACCUUGUUAUCUACCGAAGUACCUGAAAGCUGUAGUGGAUCUUGUAGUGGAUACUCUUAUGACUCAAUGUCGUCUAGAUAUACUAUUGACGAUGAACUAGCGCUGUUUUUAUAGUUUAGGUUUACUGAAUAAGAUUUUCUUUUUUAGCUAAGUUCUAUCACUUUAUCAAAAACUAAUGAAUUCUUGUACAGGAAACAAUUAUACUUCAAUUUUGUCUACAAUUAAAAUAAAAGAUGCUUUUAUUUAACAAAAA